CGCACCCUACACCCGCACACACGGGCACUACACCUACAAGCGGCGAGCGAGCGCACACCCCGGCUGUCGCCCACUCAGGACCUUUCUCCAUCCGCGACCGCCGCAACCUCGCUCGCCCACCGCGCAGCUCGCCACACGCAGUGAACGAGGGCAUGGUCUACUACGUCUGCCCAAACUGCGGCCACCGGAGCGACGAGUACAAGCAGAGCAUGGUCCACUACAACUCGUGCGACACGAUCCGCGUCCGGCCGUUCAACUCGCCGCCGAGCAGCUCGUUCGUCCAGGGCUCCGAGCCCGACAUCUUCCACCAGGGCGUCGCCGGCGUCACGUCGACCAACGGCGGCUGGAACGGCGGCGGCGCGCACGUCCAGGCGCAGCAGCACCCGCAACAGCAGCAGGCGACGUCGAGCCAGGCGCCGCCGCCGAGCGAGCAGGCGCGCAACGGCGAGCAGCAGGUCGCGCAACACGCGUCGGCGUGA